AGUCAGGCAGGCGUACGACAAGGUGGACUCCUCUCUCAUCACGCAUCACGACAAUGAAGUGUCUCCUUAUACUGAUCGUCCUAGGGUUGGUGGCUGCAGCAAGUGCCUUGACCAAUAACCAGAAGAGGGCCAUAUUGGAAAGGGAGAUUUCCCAAUCUCAAAACAGGCAUCUGUCUUGGCCCGGAUCAAGCCUCAGCUAUGGAUGGGGACAAAAGUAUAGACCUUUCAUGACGCUCGGCUUUACGGACAGUUCUGGGUUAUGCUGCGCUAACAACAUCGGUGACUGUAAAUAUGCAAGAUCAAGCUAUGGAAGAUAUUUUGCGCCUCGGCCAUUUCAUAACGACACACCAGGACGAUUCUUUUUUCGCGAACGAGGACAAGGUGUGAAAAGAUCGUGUGUGUGGGCGUGCAAAUGUUCCUCAUAUCCUGGCGACUGUACAGCUGCUGAUACAACUACCACUGCUACAACAACUACCACUGCUACAACAACUACCACUACUACAACUACAACUACUCCAAUUGUAACAACUACAACCACCACUGCUACAACCACCACCACAACAACAACUACGACUACAACUACAACUACCACUACAACAACAACCCCUACUCCAAGAUUCUGUCCCGAUACAUCCACGACAUCGACGACGACAAGACUUCUUGGUGGUACCAGCAUCACAAGCUGUGAACAGUUUCCAGGUCUUGUUUCUAUUGUUAAUCCCCUGACCGUCGAUACUACAACAUGCACGGCUGUCAUCACGUCUCCAACGACACUGUCGCUACCUGCCAACUGCGUGGCCUUCUCAAACGGAGCCAAUGUUGUGGCCCAAGAUGGAACGACCCUUGUAACGAAUUUGAAAGUGACUGCGGCUACCACUGUUGGAGGGGCGGUAACUGUUACAUUAGACACGCCUGUUGAUACCGGCAGCUGCCCCGGAAUAGCCUGUGUCUACAGCGCCAGUAUGGCUGAUGCUAUUCUCCUGGAUCAGUGCCAAGUUGCUGCGGGAGGUUACUCUAGUAACACAGACCAGAGCGGUGGAGCUAACUUUGAGUAUCUGGAUAUUCCGAGCCUCCAGCCAACUGACACCUGUGCAAGCUUCCUAACCGCCUCAACACAAAACUUUUUCUUUGGUACUGGCACCACGUACAACUGCUUCUUCUCUCCGAGUGGAUCUACCUGCCAGGGUGACACUGGUGCUCCAAUUGUUUGUCCACUGACCACUGGGGAACAGGUGGUCAUUGGUCAAGUAGAGAAUAUGGAAUGCUCGGCUGGUACAGUCGUUGGUUUCUAUAAUCUUGAAGCAGCAUCCGUCCGAGUCUUGGCACGAAAAGCCGGAAAACGUGUGCAGCUCGGGUAAAAGUAAGCUUCCUCAGAGACCUAGAGUUCAAUGUUGCCUAACGACACCUUAUGAAAAUAAAACUUGAAUAACAUU